AUGACUGACACAACUGGCAACGACACUGUUUGCGGCAUGGACGAAGAGCAGAUCGCUGCAGCAAAAAGUUUGCUGGAGGGGAUUAGGAUAAGGACACGUGAGCAGUUGAUACCGGAAGCGGUAUCUAGUGGCCUGAUCUCGCAGCCGUCUGUCGAAGACGAUCUGGCGGCACUUCGUAUGGCUUUAAGUCCCCUCGCCCUUCCCGACGAUCCGGACAUUGCUACCUUCGUCAAGAAAAGGAUGUCCGUUCAAAAGGGGGUCAAACUCCGAUUCGACUCCAUUGCCAUUCCCCUUAUUUCACUCGAGGCGUAUAUAUCCAGGCUAAAGAAGUUGUUCUACUGCUCAUCCGAAUGCUUCAUCCUUGCCCUCGUAUAUCUGGACCGGCUACAGGAAUUACACGACAGUGUCCGCGUUAAUUGUUUUAACGUCCAUAGACUCUUCCUCGUCGCUUUGCUAGUAGCUGUCAAGUUUUUCGAUGACGUCUCUUUCACAAAUGAAUAUUACGCUAAAGUCGGAGGCAUCGGAACCAAA